AUGCACCCGUCGUCAUUCCAGCAAUCGCUCUCUUCUCACCCACCCAACAAUGCUUCCUUCAUUGGUGCCGCACCGAUCCCUGAACAGUAUCCACCGUCAAUGAGUGCACAUAGUGUGCGUCCACCUCCUCUUAACAUGAACCAGGUUUAUCAUAGCAACAACAGCAACAGAGCAUCGAUGAUAUCAUCUUCUCAUUAUUCCAGCAGCAGCAGCAUUCAUGACUCUCAGCGAUCACGACGAAUAUCAGUUGUCACGAGCAGUGAUUGGAAAGUGAGCAGUGGACGACCCUCGAGUAGAAUGGAAAAGACUUGUUCAGAUUCAAUUAUUGAACAUCGACAAUCCACCUGUGCAUCCAUCAUUGAACCACCAAUGACACCUGCUUAUACCCCAAAACCAUCAUCAUCUUCGUAUCAUCAACAUGGCAACAACAGCUAUUUCCCAUCACAACAACAACAGCAACAGCAUCAAAUGGUGGCUUCUCCACAGGAUUAUCGUAUGAUGACUUCACCCAUACCAACACCAGGUAGUAAUAACAGCAAUCAACAACAACAACAACAGCCAUUUGUUGGUGGAUUUGUAGUCCCACCACCCAUUGUGCAACAACCUCGUUAUCCUCCGCAUGUGCAACCGCCGCCAUCACAACUCCCACAGCAACCACAUCAUUAUCCUCAUCAUCCUCCUAGACCAUCACCAGCAUUACCCCAGAGACGGCAAUCUUCAUUCGUUGAAUCAUUACCACCACCGCCAUCAUCAUCAUCAGCGUCAUUAUCAUCUUAUUCUCAUAGACGAUCCAUGCCUCCUCCGUCCGUCACAAAAACACCAUCAUCAGGUGCACAGACGUUACCCAAUCGUGUUGGUAGUAUAACUGAAAUGAAUACAACGGCUGCCAAACCUGCACCAUCGCCGCCUGCUGCUACGCAACAACAACCACAACAACAACAACAACCAGCACCACCAUCCAACAAACAAAAGAAAAAUAUCGGUCUUUUUGCCAACAAAGAGAAGCGCCAAAUCACGGUGCAAUCGAUUAAUGAGGAACAUCGUGUAUGGAUUGACAUUGCUCCCAAUGAGACAGGCGCUAGUCUUGCCCACAAGAUUCAUGUGAUUGCCACUUUCCGGACGAAAAAGAUCCUAUCGAUUACUACUGCAUCAGGACGCAAGGUGCCAUUGAAUCGACGCCGUUUAUUUGAUGGAUGGGCCGAAUUGGAGAAUUUUGAGGAUGGUGAACGAUGGGAAGUAGAGUGGGGUGAUUUGGACAAAAGCAUCGUAGAUCGAUUAUUAUCCAAGGUAGUGCAAACCAGUGAAGCCUCAUAA